GUGAGCAUGCUCCUAUUUCCUGCUUUCUACCAUGGCUGAAGUUGUGCUGGGCCACAUUUGUGAAGACCAGAUUAUAUGUUCAAUAUGCCUGGAAAUUUUUACUCGGCCUGUCUCUACCCCGUGUGGCCAUAGCUUUUGCACGGCAUGCAUCGAGGAAUUCUGGAAUCAGAGAGAGUUCUACACGUGCCCUCUGUGUGAGAAGGUAUUUGAGAAGAAGCCUGAAUUGUGUGUAAACAGAGUACUGGCUGAAAUAAUUGACAACUUCAAGGAGACCUCACUGAUUAGUUCUCAGGAGAACUAUGCCGGUCCUGGAGAAAUUGAGUGUGAUUUCUGCAUCCAAAGACGAUUCAGAGCUGUUAAAUCCUGCCUGACCUGCCUUGCCUCUUAUUGUGAGGCUCAUGUUAGGCCCCACUAUGAAGGAGCUGCGUGGAAAAGUCACAAACUCGUGAAUCCAAGUAAAAACUUGCAAAAAGAACUUUGCCCCAAGCAUCAGAAAGCCAUGGAGCUCUUCUGCCAAACGGAUCAGGAGUACAUCUGCUUAUUGUGCAUGAUGGAUGAGCACAAGACCCAUGAUGCUGUCACACUGGACACCAAAAGAGCAGAGAUGCAGUGUCAGAUUGAGACAACACAGGAAAAAAUUCUGCAGCGAAUUCAAGAAAGACAGAAGAAAAUAGAGGGAGCUGAAGCAAGUGAUGCUGAGAAUCAAGACAUUAAGCUUAACAGCAUGGAUGGCAUGGUGACACAUCAGUUAGCACUGCAGUCUCACAGCUCCAGCGCUUUGCAUAAAUUUGCAGGUACAGAAAUUUGGGAAAGUGAAAAGAUAUUUACUGAGUUAAUCUCCAGUAUUGAGAAAUCUUGCGACAGAUUCACUGCGUUCAUCAGAGAUCAGGAAAGGACUGUGCUAAAAAAGACAGAGGAACUCGUGCAUCAAUAUGAAGCUGAAAUCAAUGAGAUGAAAAAGAAAAAAUUAGAGCUGGCAGAUGUUUUAAAGACAGACAAUCAUCUCCAUUUUCUGAAGAACUGUACAACUCUUUGUAUCCCUGAUGAAGACAAAAAGACUUUCCAACAUUUCUGUGUGUAUGACAUCCCCUUCCUCAGCUUCUACGCAAGGAACUUUCUGAAUUUAAAAAUUACGCAAAGGAAACCCUUCAACUUAGAAUUCAUACAAAUUAUUCAGACAGGGUCUGAGGAUGAACCACAUAACCAUAGAUCUACAGAGCCAAAGACCACCGAAGAGAUAAAAAAGUGUAAGCAAGAACUGGGUGCCCAGUACAUUUCAGAUUUUAAGACUGCAGAUAAGAUGAAAAAGGGGACAGAAGAUGAACUGGAGAGUAUGCAGCCACCUGAGCCCAAGAGCAGAGAUGACUUCUUGAAGUAUUUAUGCCAUCUUAAAAUGGACCAGAAGACUGCACACAGAAGGCUUUGCAUAUCUGAUGAUGACAAAAAAGCAACAUUGAAGGGAAAUGGACUGCCAUGUUCUGAUCACCCCGAGAGUUUUGAUUGCUAUUGUCAAGUGCUUUGCCAAGAAGGCCUUUAUGGCGGUCGCUUUUACUGGGAGGUGGAGUGGAGUGGGGAAGAAACAACUAUUGGUGUUGCCUACAAAAACAUCCAAAGAAAAGGAAAUGGUGGUAAAUGUGCCCUUGGGUUCAACAACACGUCAUGGAGUUUAUUCUAUUCUGAUUCCUGUUACUCUGCCUGGCACAAUAAUAGAGUAACUCCAGUAACUGCUAGCCGUUGCUCCAGGAUAGGGGUGUAUCUGGACUGGCCAGAAGGCACCCUGUCAUUUUAUAGUGUCUCAAAAACAAUGACACAUCUACACACUUUCAAAACAAACUAUACUGAACCACUAUACCCAGCAUUUGGAGUUGGGAGCAGGCUAGAAAUCUGUUCAUUGAAAGAUGAAUGAGCAGUAAUCAAUCGGAAGGAAAGACAUUGUGUCAUUGAUGUUGAACUUUGACAAAACUUGGAAAAUCUGUUGAAAUGUAUGGGAAACAAUUAUAUAAGGUGGUGAUAUCUACUGGGAAGGAUUAAGCAAAACAAUCUGGAAGAUGCAAGAGAGAUAAAGUGAACUUAUUCAUAUGUGGCAGUGCUUUCUGUGGUAUCCUAAUUUUACUUGCCUUGUAUAUAUAAUUACUUCUCUAAUUAGAGUUUUCACUGCUUAUUUAUUGUAUAUACUAUAUUACUCAGUGGCCACUUCAAUAGGCACCUACUCAUUAAUGCCAAAAGCCAGCUCAUCCAAACAGCCAGUCUCAUGGCUUCAUCUCAGCAUACAGCAUCACAUGCAUUUAUGGUCAAGAGGUUUAGCUGUUGUUUGAUCAAACAUUACAAUGACUAAAGUCUAGUGGCUUGACUGCUACCAGACGUAGUGGUUCUCGUAUCAGAUAUAAGUGGCAUUACAGUAUGUGGGUAAAAACACCUUAAUACUGAAAGAGACUAGGGGAGCUAUCAACACAGGUGCUCAAAUUAUGGCCCAUUAAAGCAGUGGUGUGUAGAAAGGUAUCUUUGAACACACAACACACCUGACCUUACAGUGAAUGGGCUACUUCAGCAGAAAAAGAUCAUGCUGGGUUAGAUGUGUUCAUCAAAUCACAGAGAAUGAAUACCAGAAAACUAAUGCCCACUCUGUGCGACUUCAAUUACAGAUAGGGUUAACUUUUUUUUAAUAUAGCUUAACAGAUGUUAUUUGGACCCACCUUAACUCAACUGAUAGACCCUCAUUAGAACACUAGAAUAUUAGAAAAAAUUUGAUGACAACAAGCAAGUCAUCCCAACAAAACUCUAAAAUCUUAUCCACCUAAUUCCUCUAAAAUAAGAACAAAUCGAGUUUUGAAUGUCCCUAAAGUUCUACUCAACCACUAUUCUCAGUAAUUUAUUCUAUGUGUUUAUGGUUCUCUAUGUGAAGAAAACUUUAUUUGUGUAAAAUUUCUCAAUAACAAGUUUCCUACUGUGUUUCCAUGUUUUUGUUGGACUCAUUUCAAAGUAUAAUCCUGGAUCUACUGUACUAAUUCCUUUUUACAGUUUUAAACACUUCAGUCAUGUCACCUCUUUAUCUUUGUUUACUUAAACUGAAAAGGUUCAACUCCUUCAACCUUUCCAAAUAACUCAUACCAUGCAGUCCUGGAAUCAGCCUUAGUUGCUCUUCAGUCCUGUUGCCUAAACAGAUCCCCAAUACAAAAUUUUUGAAAGUUGAGAUAUUUAAAGGUUCUAUAGAAAUAAAAUGAAUUAUUAUUAUUUUGACUGUUCCCUUUAGGUGUUCCCACAGUUGAUCAUCUGUCUCCAUCUAUCCCUGUCUGUUACAUCAUUUUCUGCCACACCGAGUGCCUUCAUGUCCUCCGUGACCACACCCAUAAACCUCCUCUUUGGCCUUCCUUCUUUCAUCUUGCCUGGCAGUUCCAUCCUCGGCAUUCUUUUCCUGAUGUACCCCUCGUCUCUCCACUGCAUAUGCUCAAACCACCUCAAUUUAGCCUCUCUCACUUGCUCAGCAAACUGUCGUGCCUGUGUAGUCUCUUUAAUAUACUCAAUCCUAAUCCUGUCUACCCUCAUUACUCAGAGCAAAAAUUGUAACAUCUUCAACUCUUUCACUUCAGGCUCUGCCUCAAGUCUUUUUGUUAGUGCUACUGUCUCCAAACCAUAUAACAUAAUUGGUCUCACUACCAUUUUAGAGACCUUCCCUUUCACUCUGGCAUAUACUCUUCUAUCACAAAUCACUCCUGCCACUCCUCUCCACCCAGUCCACCCUGCCUGAACUAUCUUCGUCUACUUUUUGCUGCACUCUUCAUUGGUUUGGACUGUUGAACCCAAAUAUUUAAAUUAAUCUAACUUCAUAAUGUCUGCUGCUUUCAGUUGCACCCUUCCAUCACAUUCCCAUUCAUUCCCAUUCAUGUACUCCAUCUUACUCCUACUGACAUUCAUUCCCCUUCUCUCCAGUGUGUAGCUCCACCUUUCCAGGUUUGCCUCAACCUGUUGUCCACUCUCACUACAGAUCACAAUGUCAUACGCAAACAUCAUACUCCACGGAGACUCCUGUCUGACCUCAUCUGCCAACGUGUCCAUCACCAUUGCAAACACCACUUAAGCCGAAGUGGUGGCUCUGAGGCUAAGGAUCUGUGCUGAUGUCCAGAAAUUUGCCAAUUCAAAUCCCUGUUACUGUCAAAGGGGAUUGUACUCUGCUGGGCCCUUGAGCAAUGCCCUCAACCUGCAAUUGCUCCAGGGGCGCUUUACAAUGGCUGACCCUGUGCUCUGACCCCAAUUGGUAUGUGAAAACUAACAAAUUCCUAAUACAAGAAAUUGUAUAAGGUGAAAUAAAGAACAAGAAAAGGAAAAGGCUGAGAGCUGAUCAUUGAUGUAAUUCUAAUCUCACCUUGAACAAGGCUGUCAUUCCUACACUGCAAAACAUUUUUUCUUAACAAGUACAAAUUUCUUAUUUUAAGGUAAUAUAUCUAAUAUUUUGCCCCAAGAGAUUAAAUAUCUCAUGUUGCAAUGAUACUUGCUAGAUUAUUUUGCUCAAUUCAAGAUAACUGGUCUUAAACUAUCUGACUUAGAUAUAAAAGUGUAAUUCCAAGACAAUUUCGACUUAAAAAAACACAACUGUGAGAGAAAAGCCUGUUAUCAACUACAGUGAUGAGCAUAGCAGGACAUAUAUUCUUAUUUCAAGAACCAAAACUUUCUAGGUUUGUCUUGUUUUAAGAACUGAGUAAGACACAACCCCGAGACUUAAAUUAAACUCUUUUUUAUUCCAGAAAGGUUUUAGAAUACAACCUUGAUUUUGUUAACAACUAUGCCAUUUCAGAUUAACACUUGCCUAAUUCAUUGGCCUUUUUCUGUAACUAGUAUGAUUUAACAGCUGGAUUCCCUGCAAAGGGUAGUACUUUAUUAUAUUCAAAUGGUAAUAUUUUUCUUCAAAUCAAAAUGGUUUCCACAUUUUAAAAUAAAUGACCCUUGUAUAAAAAAUGUGCCUGGUGGUUUGAUGCAAGAGUUUUUUCACUGUGUCAAA